GGGGCUGGGUUAUUUUUCAAAGCACUCCAAGGACACAGUUUGUUGUUGCUGAUAAGCAGUGAGGGGCAGCUCCGCCCCAGCAGGAACAGCUCCUUGGCCAGCUUUCCAUCCGCUCCAGAAAACAUUGUCCCACCUCGCAGAGCAGUGUUCCUGCAAACCUGCCACAGGCUCGGUGGCAGUCUCCGUGAUGCCACGCUCGUGCAGGCUGGUGGUCUACAUGCUGCUGGGGUUCCUGCUGGAGGAGGGGCUGACCUUGCCCUGCCCUCCCACCUGCCAGUGCUAUGACAGCUCCAAAAUCUUCUGCUCGGAGGAGAGGAUGCAGGAGAUCCCAGCGGGCCUGCCAGGGAAUGCCACCCAUCUCUUCUUUGUGGAGACAGCCCUGAGCAGUAUCCGCAGCGAGUCCCUGGGCUCCAGCACCACUCUCACCAAGCUGGUCUUCCUCAACAACAACAUCCAGGAGCUGGAAGAUGGUGCCUUUCAGGGGCUGCCCAGCCUCACCGAGCUGGAGGUGUCAGGCAACCCCUUGCCAGCAGUCAGCCCAGGGGUGCUGGUGGGGCUGCCCAGCCUCAGCAAGCUCUCCCUGUGUGCCAACGCCAUCCAGUCCCUGCAGCCAGGGCUCUUCACCACUGCCUCCCACCUUCAGGACCUGCGCUUGUCUGGGAACAAGAUUGAAGUGCUGCCCUCCGGCAUCUUCCGUCCACUCCGACACCUCCAGACCCUGGAUCUCUCGCAGAACAUCCUGGCUGAGCUGCCUCCCGGGCUGCUGACCCCCCUCACCUCCCUCCACUUCCUCAAGCUCAGUGACAACUUGCUGGUGCGGGUCUCCCCCAGCACUUUUGGGGCUCUGGGGCAGCUGGCUGAGCUCCACCUGGAUGGUAACCACCUGGAGAAGCUGCCAGCCAACAUCUUUGCUGGGAUGGGGGGGCUGCAGCGGCUGCAGCUGCAGCACAAUGCCCUGGGCAGCCUGGCCCCUAACAUCUUCUCUGGUCUCCUCAACCUCACUGUCCUCAGCUUGGAGGGCAACCGCCUGACCACCCUGCCUCCAGCCCUAUUCGCUGAUACCCCUUACCUCCUAUAUCUCUCGCUAGCUCGAAACCAGCUGGAGGCACUGCCCCAGGGGCUCUUUGCCAACCUGUCAGCACUGCAGACCCUGGUGCUGUCACACAACGCCAUGGUCCAUCUCCACACAGGGGUUUUCCAGGGGCUGAUAGGGCUGUCAAUGCUGCAGCUGAGCUACAACUCCCUCUCCAUCCUUCCAGCCAAGCUGCUGGCUGAGUCGCCCCUCCUCACCACCUUGGCGCUGGACCACAACCUCCUGGCCCGCCUGCCCCCCGGGUUCUUCGAUGCCAAUGAGGAUUUGGCACAUGUGGAGCUGGCCCACAAUCCCUGGGCCUGCAACUGCCAUCUGACCUAUCUCUUGGGCUGGCUCCAGGGCUUUGCAGAGCCACUCACCAAUGCCCAAGCCUCCUGUGCCAGCCCAGAGACUCUACAGGGACAGUCUCUGCUGGAGGUCCACCAGAGGCAGCUGGAGUGCCCAGCAGCACCUGGUGACCCCCCAGAGAAGCUGGGGGAGGAUGCUUCAGGGCUGUGCACCUAUAGCAACCCUGAGGGCACCGUGAGCAUGGUAUGCAAUGUCACCACCUGCCAGCAGCUCAGCCUUCGCCUCCCUCCUCCUCCUUUUCCUUCUUCUCCCCCUCCUCCUGGGCAGGCAGCCAGGCCAUUGCAGGAGUACCAGGGUGCCUGGGUGCUGCGCUCACAUUGUGGCACUCUGCAGGUCAGUGCCCUCAUCACAGCUAGGAGCUGGGAUGAGACCACCUCGUCAGGCCCCCCUGCUGCUCCCUAGGGCUUGGGCAGGUAUUUGCCCUGCUUCUGCAUUGCCAGCCUCUGAACCAGCCUGGAGAACAGCAUCCAUCUUGCUCUGCUACCCCUACCAUGGUCACCAGCCAUCACCGAGCUCUCCUCAUGACCUGGUAAAAUUUAUCCUCCCAGGUAUGCAUUUCCUAUGUAUUUGAAAUAUAAU